CUCAGCCCGUUGGCAGAUGGCCCUGGUGCGCCAGGCCGGGCGGGACGAGGACCCCGACACCCCCGAGAAGGUGGUGAGGAGGGUGCAGGAGGUGUCGGCCGUGCUCUACCACCUUGACCAGACGGAGCACCCCUACAAGUCGAAGAAGGCCGUGUGGCACAAGCUCCUGUCCAAGCAGCGCCGCCGCGCCGUCGUCGCCUGCUUCCGCAUGACCCCCCUCUACAACCUGCCCAGGCACCGGGCGUGUAACAUGUUCCUGGAGUCGUACCGGCUCUCGUGGCUGGGCCGGGAGCAGCCGCCCUUCGAGGACAGGAUGAUCGACGACCUCUCGAAGUCGGGGCGGGAGGAGGAGGAGGAGGAGGAGGAGGCCGAGGCGCGGCCGGACCCGCUGCACCAGCUCAUCCUGCACUUCAGCAGGACGGCCCUGACCGAGCAAAGUCACCUGGAGCAGGAUCACCUGUACAUGGCCUACGCCGGCAUCAUGGCCAAG